AUGUUGCCAGUGCCGGACCGCAUUAAUGCGGACCUCACCUUGCCUCCGAAGAGCUUUGUUCGACCCGGGCUUUCUUCGUUCGUGUACGGGUUGACAUGCCCAGAGCCCUUGCCUCCGGUUCCUGACAUUCUGCAGUUGGGCUUGUUCAUGUUCUUGCGAACAUCUCUCAGGGUUGGCCCGACGACGUUAGCCUACGGCAUGGCCUGGUUAGAUUCCUCACCGCUCGUUCUGGACUUCGUGCACUCAGACUUGACGAUGCCUCCACGUGGAUUUCUGUGCUCAGGCCCCACGCCCUUUGUCUUCGGAAUGUCACGAUUGGAGCCGCCAUUCCUGGUGUUGGACUACAUUCACUUGGGGCUUACUUUGUCUCCUCGAGGACUUUGUCAUCUCGGCCCAAGUGCACCGCUUUCCGGCAUAUCCAAACCGGACUCGACCCUCCCAGCCCCAGACUCCAUCCAGACAGGCUUCACUCUCCCGCUCCAUGGACUUUCCUGCCUUGAGUCAUCCUCAUUGACCUAUGGGUUGGCUCGGCUUGGAUCGCUGACGCCAGCUUUGGACUUUGUUAGCCUGGCCUCCUUCUUGUUGCUGCACAGUUUGGCUUGCUCGGACCCCACCCCGUCCUUGUACGGAAUGGCCAGGCCUGGGCCAUUGCCGCUUGUCUCAGAUAUGGUCAUACCAGGUUCCACAUCAUCGACGCAGAGCCAUGCUUGGCCAGACAGUGCUCUGCCCGCCUAUGGCGUUGCCCGGCUGGGGCCAUCACCGCCAGCGCUACAGUUCGUGACGCUUGGCUCGGCCCUCCCACCCAGAGGCUUCACACGUGCUGGUAGUACGUUGCCUGUGUAUGGCUGCGCCUGGUUGGGUUCGCCGCCUUCAGCCCUAGAUCUUACACAAAUGGGCUCCUCUUUGUUGCUUCAAGGGCAUGUUCAGCUCGGCAGUGCAAUGCCCGCGUAUGGUGUGUCGUGGCCAGGAUCGCCGCUGUCGCCAUCAGACCACGGCAACAUGGGCCCCAUGCUUCCGCUACAUGGCUUCCUGCGUGCUGAUCUGUCUUCGUUGGUCUUUGGCAUGUGCCGGCUUGGAUUGUUUUUGCUGGUGCUAGAUUUCUUGCAUCCCGGUCCUGCCCCAUUGCCGAAAAGCCCCGUCCGCUGCGGCAGCGCUCCACUUGUGUAUGGAAUUGCUCGACCAGGGCUGAUCCUGCCGGCCUUGGACCUCAUUACCCUGGAACCGUCCGCCUCACCUAGAUCAUGUGGACACCCUGGUCUGUCCCUGUCGCUUUAUGGAGCAAUGCGCCCGGGACUUAUGCUACCCGUGCUGGAUUGGAUGAGCUCUGGCAGCACAGUACCUAUCCACAGCUUCGUGAAGCUCGAAUUGUUUUUGCCUGCAUCCGGAAUGACAAGGCUAGGACUCUUCAUGCCUGUGCUGGACUCUGUGAACACAGGAUUCUCGAUGCUGGCCUACGCGAACAUCCGGCUUGGCUUUAGCCUGUCUGUGCCAGACCACGUGACCCCCGGCUCAGCUGUUUCCCUGCAAUCACAUGUGCGCCUCGACUCUGCCAUGCUGAUCUACGGCACGACGCAACCAGGCUUUUUUCUGCCAGCUUUGGAUCACAUUCAGUCCGGCCUGUCCUUGUCUUCACGAGGGCCUGUUCGAUUUGGCUUCUUCAUGCUUGUGUAUGGACUGGGCCAGCCCGAUCUGCUCUUGCCGAUCCUGGACUUUGUAAGUCCAGAACCGUCAAUGCUUCCGAGAACUUUCGUGCAGCCCGGGUUCAUGCUGCUUGUGUCCGGUGUUGCAAGGCUUGAGUUGUUCCUGCUUGCUCUGGAUCUCGUGUCCUUGGGAAGCGUGCCGUCACUGAGGCAGCCUGCGCACCCGGGCUUGGCUCUUUCGACUUACGGGACGGUGUGCCUGGGAUCCUUUCCGCCCAUGCUAGACCACGUAACUUCUGGGAGCUUGCUACCUUUGCAUGGCCCGGGCUGCAUGGACCUCUCUACCCCUGUCUUUGGGCUGACCCGGUCGGGACUCAUGAUGCCAGCGCUGGACUAUGUUCACAUGGCUUCACCGGCCUUGCUUCGAAGCCUCGGAUGUUUGGACUCUUUGCUGCUGGCCUAUGGUAUGCUCCGCUCAGAACCUUUGAUGCCAACCUUGGAUUUUCUACAUACGGCAUCCUUGCUGCUGUUGCACACCCAUGCGCAUCCUGGACUGCCACUGCCCAUGUACGGGGCGACGCGUCUUGACCUACUGUUGCUUGCCUCGGAUUUCAUUCAUGCAGACUUGACGAUGCUGCCCCACAGUUCUGCCCGGCUGGGAUCUGCGCCGCUGACAUAUUCGAUGGCACGUCCAGAGUUGCUGCUGCUUGCACCCGAUCAUGUGACUCCCGGCUCCGUCCUGUUUCCCCGAAGUCUUUCAUGCUUGGGAUCCUUAUUGUUUGCUUAUGGAAUGGCCUGA